AUGGAUAAACUAAGUAAAUCACUCGAAGUUUUAAAAUUACUUUCAACAACAACAUCAGAAACAUUAGUAUCAAAUAAUGAAAAAUCUCGAUUAGAUCCAAUAUCAAUAAGUAAAGAAAAAAUUCAUCAUUUAAAUAAUAUAACUGAUUUACUAUGCUCACCAUCAUUGAUUAAAGGUAACAAUGAUAAUUAUUUUAAAUUACUUACAGCUAGUGUGGAAACAUUAUUCACAACAUGUGAUGAAAAUGAUUAUGAUGUACGAUUAGCUGCUGAAGAAAAUCUUAAUAAACUUGUUAAAAAUUUAAAAGAAGCAAAUUUAACAAGAAUUCAAGUUGAAUUACAUCGAAUUAUAAAACGUAAUCCAAAUAUUGGACCAAGAGCUUUAAAAGGUUCUCUAUGGCGAUUUGCUGAAUUAGCAAAUGUAAUACAUCCAAAAAAGAUUCGACCAUUUUUUGAACAUUUAUCAGCAGCAUUUUGUUCGACUGCUGCUCGUUCUGAAGAUAUUGUUCAUGAAAAAUUAUCAGAAUAUUAUGAACUUAUUUUUCGUAUUCUUGGUCGAUCGAUUAAUGAUAAAGAAAUCAAAGAACUUCUCAUGGCAUAUUUGGCAAAUAUGUCACACGAAUCUGCACUUAUUCGUCGUUCAUCAGCUGCUUGUCUUAUUAUUAUAAGUCGUUAUUCUCGUUAUCCUAUGGUUAUAGCACGUUUUCUAAUGACAAAUGCCAUUGAUCAAUUACUUGAACAUCAUAGUCAAAAUGAUAGUACACGUUUAAUAAUUGGUUAUCUUGGUUUAAUAAAAAAUCUUAUUCAAUUACUUGGUUUAAAUAUUGAAGAAUUUCAAUCAUCAUCAAUAAAUAUUCAACAAUCAAUAAAUACAAGUAAAAAUAUUGAUUCUAAUGAACAACAUCUUCCAAUUAAUAUUCGACAAAUAAUCGAAUGUGUUGAUAUAGUUUGUUAUAUUUGUUUACAACAUAAUGAUCAUAAUGUUGUAUCAAGCUCAUUGGAAACACUUGAAAUUAUACUUAAAUAUUCAAAUUUAUUUGAUUUUGAUCAAUUAUUAAUUUCAACUCAAAUUGGAUCUAUAGAAGAAACUCGUGUUAGUCAAGCAUUGAAAACAGCUUAUCCAACAUAUCAACGUUCAUUUAUUGAAAUUAAUGAACAACAAGAUAUUUUAGUAAAUAAAAUGAAUGACGAAUUAGAUUCAACAUCAAUAAUUAAUAAUGAAAAACGAACAUCAGCUGCUAAACUUGUUGAACAACUUAUUUCAAAAUAUAUCCUUAAUAUGGAUGGUACAAUAAAAAGUGAUGAUGAAUCACGUGUUAGUAUUAAAUGUGCUACACUAACAUGUCUUUCACAUUUAUCAACAAUUGAUCCAUUUGCAUUUUUUGAUUCAUUUGAUUAUCCAACUGAAAUUAUUACGUAUCUUUUAUCUUUACGUGAACAUGGUGAUCCACAUUUACGUGGUGCAUGUGCAAAUUUACUUGCUAAAUUAAUUCAAACAACAGUUCAUCUUUUAACAAUAUCACCACCAAUAUCAUCAUUAUCAAAUUCAUUUAAUAAUUCUUUUAUUAAUCAAUGCUCACUUUUAUCAACUGAUUCACAAGAAAGUUCAAGAUUAGAUAUUCAAUUAGGUAUAUUAGCUGAAUUACUUUCUACAUUUCGAUUAUGUCUUAAUGAUACUAAUGCACGUGUUAUACAUGUUUCUUUAAAUGCUUUACGAACAUUAUUACCGGUUUUAUUAAUUAAUAGUCAUGCAUUAACAAUUAUAGCUAUUGAAUUAUUAGAAGAUUCUAUUCAACAUAGCACAAGUUCUUAUGCUCUUGCUAAAGUUGCUCUAGCUCAACUUAUUGGUGAAAUUGAUUUUCGAAUAUUAACUUAUCUUGAACAACAACAACAAAUAAAAAAAACGAAUCGAUCAUGGCUUGAUCGUUGUAUUGAUAUUGUUUUUCAAUUUCUUACUGAUGAAGAUACACGUGUUCGUCAAGUAGCAGCUUCGACUUUUGCCAAAUUUGUUGAUCAAAGUUCAUUUUUACCUUGUCAAUGGCCGAUACAUUAUUUACUUAAAUGGAUUAAUUCUUCUUGUCAAUGGAUAUAUAAAAUUCAUCAUUCAUUACAACAAUCAAAUACUUCUGUAAUAGUAUCAAAUGAUGAAGUACAAUGUGAAACAAUAUCAUGUUUAUCAACUUUAAUUUUUGAUCGUUUAGCUCAAGCAUCAACACGAAUACAAAUUAUUGGAUGUUUAGAGGGUAUCUGUGCUCUUUUAAAUGUUCUAACACCAACAACAAUUCGAUCAUUUUUUCAUAAUCAAUAUGAUGAACUUCGUUUACUUAUACAUUUUUUUAAACAUCCAUUUAUAUUACAUGAUCUCGGUAAUUUACAAUUAUUACUCGAUAUUAUUAGUGUAAUCUUUGCAAGUAAAGAACAAAGAAAAAAGAUGUUUAUUAUGUUUAUUGAAUUUCGUUUUCUUUUUGAAGAUUUAUCAAAUAAUACAAAUGAUAUGGGUGACAUUCAAUCAACAGAAAAAGUUUUUCAUUUUUUAAUCAAAAUUUUAUCUAUAUUUGCAUGUGUUGUUGAAGAUACAAGUCCACCAAUACCACAAGCAUCAAAAAUAAAUUUUCCACCUCUUCCUGCAUCACCUCAACAAAUAAAAAAACGUUUUGAAAGUAGCACUAAUGAUUCAAAAACGGCCGAACGAAAAGGAAAAGGAACUUUUGUAAUGUCCUAUAUAUGUAUUUUAAGAGAAAAACGUAUUCAAUUCAUUUUGUUUUUACUUUGUACAGAAAAUGAAAAAGAUUUAAUUAAUACCGAUAAUACAAAUUCAACAACAUCAAAUAAAGAUUCAUCACUAACAUUAAGUACAACAAAUUCGGACAAAGAUAAAAAACUUAAUCGUACACAAUUAGGUGCUUUUGGAAAUAAUCCAUCAAUGAUGAAAUUAUUCGACUUAAUACGUACAUCAUAUCAAAUACAUAAAAGUUUAUUAAAUUCAUCUGAAAAUGAUCGUUUUGGUCAAUUACUUUCAACAACAUUAAUUUGUAUGAAAUCAGUUUUAAAUCUUGUUUCUAUACAAGACUUAUCAAAACAUUUGGAAGAAACACUUAAUUAUCUUAAAUCAACAUUCAAUGUUGAUAAAAUAAAGACUAUUCAAUGUACACAAGAGUUUUUACUAAACCUUCAUCAACUAGCAAGCAGUUCACCAUCGUCUGUUGAAACAAAAUCUUCAAGUAUUUCUUCACCAAUAUCAUUAAAUAAUUCUUUAACUAAUAUUCAUACAAUAACUAUUCGACAACCGAUGAUUUAUUUAUUUGGUUCACGUCAUGCAUCAAGUGUUAAUAGUGAUCAAUCAAUAGAAAAUAGCGCAAUACGAGAUUUUUAUCUAAUUAAGAAACAACAAAAAACAAUUGAAUAUUUAAAACGUCCACCAAAUCGAAAUGAACGUACAAAAAUAGGCAAUUAUAUACGUUUAUUUGAACCAAUUGUUAUUCUUAGUCUUAAAAAAUAUGUUAAUUCAAACGAAAGUGAUUUUCAAGCUACUGUACUCGAUUUACUUGUUCAAUUACUUUUAAUUCGUGUUAAUUAUAGUUUAUUAGAUGCUGAUGAACAUUUUCUUACUCAUAUAAUUAAUCAACUUGAAAUGAUUGAAGAAACUAUAGCUGGUUAUGAUGUCUCAUCACAUUUUAUUUAUCGUAUUGCUGAAUUUCUUGUUAUGUUAUCACAUGAUACACUUCAUUCUAAACAAGUUAUUAAAGUACAAGAUUUAAUAAAACAUUGUGAUUCAUUAUUAGCAAGUGGACAUGAACCUGAAACACAUGCUUUAUCAGCAUUAGAACCAGUUGUGUAUGAUUUAUUUCUUGUUCGACUUAAAACAGAUAAUAAAGAAUUAGAAGCACAACGAAUGGUCAUUGUUCAAACAUUACUUAAACUUGUUCGAUAUAAUAAAGCUUUGCAAUUAUUAACAGUUAUUGUUGAUAGUGUGCGAAGUGAGAGUGAUAAAUGGAAACGACUUUCACGACAAAUCGUCGAUGUACUUCUUGUUCAUUUACAAACACAUGCUGCUAGUGGUUCAUCUAAGGGUCAAUCGCUUUUGGAUAUUUAUUCAACACAAUUAACAUUAUUUGAUGUUGUAUCAUCAGUUGCAUUACGGCCAAUUGACCCAUUUGUUGUUGCUUUUCGAUCAUUAGGAAAUAGAAAUGAUAUUAAUCGUCAAAGUAUAAAUCGAUGGUUAAUGAAUAUAAAUAUAAUUCUUCGAUGUCUUGUACAAAAUUCAACUGAAGAUGCUAUUUUAACAAGAUGGAAUGAUUCUUUAUCAUCAACUAAUGGAACACGUGAUGAAAGUUUUAGUGCAGCUCUUCUUCGUAUUUUACAUGAUAUAGUAUUACGACUUUUAACUAAUGCGCGACAAUUACGUGGUCAAAUUGAUAUGACAUUAGUUUCGCUUGCAUCCGAUUAUCUUUAUUUACUUAUGCAUAUCAUGGAAAAUGAGCAACAUUAUCAAGAUACAAAUAAAUUACAAUUUGGUUUAAAUGAUUAUUGUUUAUCAUCAUUUCCUGUUGAUUUAUUACAACAUUCAGAUAUAAUGGCUGAUUAUAUUGAACGUAUAUCAUUUGUUGUUUCAAUUAAUCCAUCAAAUCAAUCUAAUAAUGAAAAUCAAAAAACAACAAAUAAUUUAAUAAAAGAAGAAAUUUUAGAAACAAAUGCAAAACAAUGUGUAUGGAUUCAUAGUGUAACAACAUUUUUAUUAAAUGCAUUUCGAUUGAAUUGUACAGAAAAUCGAGUUGAUAUGACAUUUGAACAUCGAUGUCGAAAUAAAUCUAUUCCAUUUUUAUUAACAGAUAUCGUUGGUACACAUGAUUUAUUAUCCUAUGGACAACUUUCAUAUGAUACUAUAUUAACAUCAAUUGAAAGUAAUAAUACAUUACCAUUGCUAGUUAAUAGUUUAUUCGAUCGUUUAUUUUCUCGUCAUGGUCUUGAUUUAACAUCAUCAUUACAAAUUCUAAUUGAACUUUAUGUUCGUUGGUUAACAACAAAUUCAAAUAAUUUAUGUCUUCAAUUAAAAUAUGAAUUAAUGCGUUCAUUUAUAUAUCUUUCGGAUUUAUUUACAUCAUCUCAACAAUUAUCAAAUUUAUAUGAUUUAUGUGAUGAUUAUUUUCGUACAUGGUUUGAUGAAGAUGAUUUAAUGAUAUCAUUAAUAAGUUAUGGUUUAUGUAAAUCUGGUGUACUUCUUGGACAAACAACUAAAGAAUAUAAUGAAUUAUAUAUACGUUUAAUUGAACGUAAUUUUAAAUUAAUAACAAAAACUCAUGCAUAUGCAUCAUGUUUAUUUUUACUUGAAAGUCAUGAAGAUGAUUUAAAUAAAUUUUUAAUACCAAUAUUAAUACAAGAAUUAAAUAAUGAUAUACAAAAUAAUUCAUUAAAAUUAAAUUUAGAUAUACGUUUAAAUGGUUUUAUUUUAUCAAAUUUAUUUUAUUUAAUUGAAAAUAAUUAUUUAAAUUCAUAUGAUAUGUUAUUAUUAUUAUUUAAAGAUGAUAUAUUAGAUAUAAAUGAUAAUUUAACACAAAAAAUAAUAUCAAUUGGUCUUGAAAGACUUUUAAUAUUAAGUCAAUAUCCAAAAAAUGAUAUAUGGCGUUUAUAUAAACGUUCAAUAACAAUAAUACGUCAAUCAUCAUGGUUAAAUAUUGAUCAUCUUGUUUUAAUACUUGCACGUAUUUAUAUAUUAUUACAACGAACAAAUGAAAAUACAAAUUUAUUAAAUAAUGAACAUGCAAAUGAAGAACAAGAAAUGAUUGAUAGUUCAUCAAUAAUAUCAUCAUCAGAUAAUAUUCUUAUUGAACUUGUUGGAGAAUUAUAUGAGCGUACAAAACAAUCAUCAACAUUACCAUAUGAAGCUUUACUUUUAUUACGUCCAUUACCAUUAUUACUUGCACAUAUUGGUUUAUCGGAUCGUUUAAUGAAUAAAAUGGUUUUAGAAUUUGCUGCAUCAACACAACAAUUAUAUCCUCAAAUACUUGCCUAUACAGUUUUUGCUGUUUUUCGUGCUUUAAUUAAUGCACAUUAUUCAGCUAAAGUUAAUGAAUGGACUUUAUUAUCAAUGACAAGUAUUGCACAAAGAAAACCAAUACGUAUGGCUAUAUGGGGAUUAACUUGUCUUAUGUUAAGUGCAUGUCCAUCACAUACAAUUGCUGAUGCAUUGUUUCCAUUGACGUUAUCACGUUUCAGUGCUCGUUUUGAAGAAUUAGACAAUCGUUUAUUUCUUCUUGCUGGUCGAGAAUAUUAUCUACAGUUAACGAAUGUUGAACAACGACGUCAAUUUGAACAAGCAUUCACAAAUGAAUCGAAUACAGAAAAAUUAUACGCUGAUUUACUUGCACAUAUUCAAGAUACGAUCUUAUCAUCAUCUUGA